GCGAAGGAUCCGUCGAUUCCAAGCAGUUUGGUCUGCGUAUACUUCAUCGACCUUUCGAAUCCAAAUCAAUCUUUCAGUUUCUCGCGCUUUUUCUUUCGCUCUGUUCGGAAAGCCAUGGACGCGUUCUCAUCCUUCUUCGGUUCUCAGUCGUCUACACGAAACCGCUGGGGCUACGAUUCGCUAAAGAGUUUUGGUCAGAUCUCCCCGAUCGUCCAGGCUCACCUCAAACAGGUCUACCUGUCUUUAUGCUGUGCUUUGAUUGCUUCGGCUGCGGGGGCUUACCUGCAUCUUCUCUGGAACAUUGGUGGCCUUCUUACCACGUUUGCAUGCAUGGGAAGCAUGAUUUGGCUACUCUCCACCCCUCAUCAUCAAGAGCAAAAAAGGGUUGCUCUGUUGAUGGCGACUGCUCUCUUUGAGGGGGCUUCAGUUGGUCCUCUAAUUGACUUAGCGAUUGAGAUUGACCCAAGUAUUUUGGUUAGCGCCUUUGUGGGGACGGCAGUGGCCUUCGGCUGUUUCUCCUUAGCAGCCAUGUUGGCACGGCGUAGAGAGUAUCUAUACCUUGGUGGUUUGCUUUCUUCUGGCCUCAGCAUUCUGUUGUGGCUGCACUUUGCUUCUGCAAUCUUUGGAGGUUCUGCAGCCAUCUUCAAGUUUGAGCUGUAUUUUGGACUUCUGGUGUUUGUAGGCUUCACAGUUGUGGACACUCAGGAUAUAAUUGAGAAGGCACAUCGUGGUGACUUGGACUAUGUGAAUCAUGCACUACUACUUUUCACUGAUUUUGUUGCCGUCUUUGUCCGAAUUCUCACUAUUAUGCUGAAGAAUUCCGUUGAUAAGAGUGAGAAGAAGAAGAAAAGGAGGGAUUGAAUAUUU